CAGCUUCAGUUUUCACAAGAGAGGAAAUAGCAAGAAACAGCCAAAGCCCACAAGUCAGAGAACCAACAAACCUGGCUACUGUCUCCUGCAGCUCUGUGCCAUGAGGUCUUCUUCCCUCCUUCUUCUUUCCUUCCUGGUGGGAGUAUGUGAUGGUCAGGGGGCGUCAGAUUUUAGAAUCUGUGCCUUUAACCUCCAUCACUUUGGGGAUUCCAAGGCCAAGAAGAGCGAUGUCAUGUUAACUCUUGCCAAAAUCAUCACCCGCUGUGAUGUGUGUUUGCUUCAGGAAGUGAGAGAUAGUAAAGGAAAAGCUUUACAACAGCUGCUUGACCGCCUUCACAGCUAUGACACUGGACAUGUGUAUAAAGCUGUGGCCAGUGAGAGACUGGGCAGGUCUGAAACAUACCGGGAGCAGUAUGUGUUUGUGUACAGGACUGAUACAGUGACAGUCACUGGUCAGUAUCAGUACCCAGAUGAUCGACCAGGAGAUGUGGAUGCUUUUGCCAGAGAGCCUUUUGUUGUCCGCUUCAGAGCCCCAAUGACAGCUGUAAAGGAGUUUGUCCUCAUACCUCAGCACACUACUCCGGUCAACACCACUAAGGAGCUCGAUGCACUGUAUGAUGUUUUGGACCAGGUGAAAAAGAUGUGGAAAACCGAGGAUGUGAUGCUUCUCGGGGACUUCAAUGCUGACUGUGGCUACCUCGCCAAGAAGAACAGGAAGAAUGUGCGUCUGUUUACCGAUAAGAACCUCAUUUGGCUCAUUGAUGAGAACGCUGACACCACAGUGCGACUGACCACCUCCUGCACUUACGACAGGAUCAUUGUGCAUAAAGGAAGCUUUGCCAGCACAGUUGUGCCUUCUUCAGCCAAACCAUUUAACUUCCAAAUGGAAUACCGACUCACAGAGGAGCAGGCGCUGGAGGUCAGUGACCAUUACCCAGUGGAGGUCUUGCUGAAAGGUCACAGAUCCACGUCCUUCCGGAAUGGUGGCACUUCCUUAGCAUUAACAGGCACAAAGGGAACUGCACAUCAGACAAUAUUUAAUUUAAAGAUCUUUGCUUUGUUUGCCCUCAGCCAUCUCGUCUUCCAAAUGUUAACAUGGUAAUUUAAUAAGAAACCUGCAACAGGACAAUCUCAGGGCAACUUACUUCACAAACUGAGGAGAACUUCAUGAUUCCUACUGAUAACACUCCACAAAAAAGGCCCUCGAUGUUUGGUUCAGUGUUUGGAGAAACACCAAAGAUUACACAACUGUUGACAUUUACAGUAUGUAAUUUGACAUAUUGCCCAAUAUUUCAUCUGAAAAUCUGUGUGGGACUCACAAGUAUGGUUAAAGUUUAAGAAUCUUGCUUCACAGUAUUACAGCAAAAACAGUACAGAUGUUGGGAGAUGUGAAAAGGCAAGGCAGCUUUAUUUAUGUCACACAUUUCAUAGACAGAGCCAAUUCAAAGUGCUUUACAUAGGCAAAGGAAAACAGUAACAGCAUUAAAAGCAUCCAUCCCUCAUCUAUACUGCUUAUUCCUGAAUAGUGUCACGGUCAGUGUCAUUUAAUAUAGUGUAUAUGGAGCUCAUAGUUUGCUAAUGUCAGUCAAAUCAUUUCUAUAUUUCAUAAUUGAAUAAAAUUUGGAAAAGGUGAGGUGAUUUAGAGAGUGGCAUUAACUUGUUGCCAUCAUUAUUAAACGUUCAUGCUUUAUAUGCAGGUGGUAAAACACACUUUGAAUGCUGUGUAUAAACUUUGUUCUAAACAGAAUUCAAACCACCAUCUUUGUUUUAAGUAGACAUUUUAAGAAUAAGGAACCACAGAUCAAAUGAUGAAAUAUGUUCUUCUUUGUUUGUUUUUAUGUUCUUCUUCCUUAUUCUACUCAUUACAGUCUCAGUUUUUUUUUUUUUUGUCAUCGUAGGAGUUAGUUUCUCCCUUUUCUUCCCUGCAGUGUCACAGAGACCUUUAAAUUAAACACACCAUCAAGCAGAUGCAAAUCCAAGGUUGAAGGUAUUUAGUGGAAAAUUACUUUGCAAAGGUGCUUUUGUAUCAACACUUCAAUUCCUUUAGUCCCUAACAAUAUAAACAGAUGCUGAAUUGACAAUGUUUUUUCUGAAUUACAGAGAAUUCAGUUGUGAAAGUGAAGACAGAAAAUAACAUACAGAUACUGUAUGUCCUUCUGGGGAACUUUUGUAUUUUUCUGUUUAGAAUAUGUACAAUAAACAUCCAAAUGUACAAAGGGCUGCAGACUACCGAAUGAGGAAAUCAUCCAUUCAUAAAAUGGGGACUACACAGUAUUGGAGACCUGUAGGAUUUAGUUUCACAGAGUCCACUAGGUGUCAUCAUUUCAUCAGUAACCAGUCAAUACUGGACUGUUUAAAUGUCAUUCAGAUACAGGGAGCUUUCUCUUGUUUGACUGAA